AUGUCCAUGUCGUGUCCUGUACGGAUGCUUGCUUCCCAAAGUAAGUCAGCAUUUUUCUUUGCUUCAAAAGCACGUCCGGUAUCAUCAUCUAUCACAUCAAGCCCUUGUUUGGACUCUGGUAUUCCCAAUUAUGGUGUUUUCCAUUCAAAUACAUCUCUGCACACGUCUCCAACGGUAGCGAACCUGUCAAAAGGCUUUUUCUUCCAACAAUCUCGUGGAAUUUCCACCUCCAGUCACUUUUCAGAGGAAGCUUUCAAGUACUACCGUUCUUUUAAAAACGGCCAGCAAUUCACCAAAAAAUUUGUCGAUUGUGCAUCCCAGUUCACUGUCUCUGUUGCAUACAACCCAAAGGAUAGACUCGGCAGCAAGAAAUCAGACGAAGGUGGCUUCGUUGCUGAAUUCAAGAAGAUGACACGCCAAAGAGCACAAUCCGGCAUGAAAAAUACAAUCUACGAGCCGGGCACCGUCGAUGCUGCGUCGAUCGACGCGACGACCUCGCCGACUGGUGAGGACAACUACGUUUGUGCGGCAAGUGACUCUGGUGUCAUGAUUGGUGUACUAGAUGGUGUUGGAGGGUGGUCUGAGCAAGGUUAUGACUCGAGUGCAAUCAGCAGGGAGCUUUCGAGAGCGAUAACAAAGGAGUAUUUAACUGAUCCAAGUUUGCCAAUAUCGGAUAUUCUAGAAAUAGCAUUUGAAUCUGUCCAGAAAAGCGGGCGGGUGCAGGUUGGAUCCACAACUGCCUCAUUUGGCAUAGUUGAUUCCAAAGCGAUGGCUUUCACAGCCCUAAACCUCGGAGAUUCCUGGUUUGGCAUUUUCAGAAAGCAGGAAAAUGGAAGAUAUAAGUGCUUCUAUGAAUCGAAGGAGCAGGUGUAUUAUUUUAAUGCACCAUACCAGCUUUCCAUCAUCCCGGAUGAGAUGAUUCAGAACGCCAAGAAGAAAGGCUCCGGCUUUCUCCGAAACGUUCCUGCCGAUGCUGAUUCCUAUAGUGUCAAACUUCAACCUGAAGAUGUCGUGAUUUUCAGCACCGACGGAAUGAUAGACAAUAUUAGUCCUCAGGAUAUAGAGAUAUAUUUGAACGAUGCAUUGUUGAGUGCAUCGGACCCGCAACGAGCAAUUUCAAAAGUCAAUAAGUCUCUUGUUGACCAAACGGUUACUCUUGCAAACAACCCAAAUUUCAGCAGUGUGUUUUCGCAAAGGCUGUCAAAGGCUACCGGCCAGCAUUACAUAGGAGGUAAGCCCGAUGAUAUUACAGCUGUCAUGAUGUAUGUUAAAGCCUGA